UUUUGACGGGGCACAGAGGGCGGCGGUGCACGCCUGUGAUGGACACAACGCAACAGUGGUCCCAGAAACGGUGGUUCCGUGACAAGGACAGGCUGGUUGAGCAGCGAGAGACAUGUCUCCUGCAUACGAGAGAGCGAGCAGGCUUCGCCUUCCAGAAACAUUUUCAGGCACGAACGGGACAUGCGGCUCAAAAUGCCAGCCUGUCUCUUUGGCCGACAAAAAUGACAAGCCAUGAUCAGCAGCAUUUCGGCCUGGUGUUCGCAGCGUUUGCGCAUUAGGCACUGAGAUCGUCGAUCAGAAACAAUGACAUGUUCAGAUACAAUGCAGUAGCCUGAGGGCAAGGUCGUAAGCAGCCACCGGCGUGCUGCUCGCGUCCGACCUCUCACUUGACAGCAUUGGUCGCAGAGCCGCAGCCGUAAUAGCAGGCAUCGCUUAUUGGCGACGCCGUAGAGAUGCCUGGGUGGCUUGAGGUGUGCGUAACCUAAGUCGAUAAGCAUACAGGUUGGGGUACGCGGCAAGCAAUCGAGUCCGAGUUAUUGGAGUCGGCGGAGGAAUAGCUGAGGGUGUCGACCUUAUCAACGCGACGAGAGAUCUCUGGCGAAUACGGGACCCUAGUCGCCGUCACUUGACGGGCGAGGAGCGAAUAGGAAUAAAAAGUGUGGAGACCGGACGAGGCUGCAUCUGCAUUCAAAGGCCACCGUUUGCUGGGGCCAUUCGUGCAUUGCCUUAGCGUUUGCCCGAGAGAAGUGUAAUAAGGCGGUCGGUCGGCUGCCUUCUUUUGCUCCGCAGUGCCGGCGAACCAUGCGGCCGGUUGAGGCUCAGGUGCUCCGCGUCGUACAGCAUACAGGCACAUGGGCUAUCGAGUACCACCCGCCCCUGUUCAGUAUCAGAGACAUAUCUGGACAGGUUUCGGCGAGGGUCUUUGGUGUGCUAGGCGUGAGUGAGUAAGUAUCAAGGCGUCAGUGGGUAUGAAGAGGUCAGGUUGCGCCGGGCGGCAGUCGCGGUCUCACAGUGUCUCCAACUCGUACCAGAUCAUCCCCUGACAUAUUGAACAACAAGACACCGCAUAUGUGGUCGCUACCUCAGGACUGCGGGCAUUUCACUAUUUCCUCGCGACGACAGCCAGCAGCCUGUGGUCACCCAGGGCCGCCACAAUCGCGACCUGUCUAGCCUGGCAGUACUAGGUGACAAGCUGAGCUCAAGCUUAGCUCUCCGGCCUUGGCAAUCCUUCGAGCACUCCGCGCUGGUCCCCCGGGGGGCUGCCUGGCCAAUCACGACCCGUGUUGUAAAGGAGAGUGCGCCUUUGGAGUUGAAGAAGGUGUGUGUGCCUGUGUGUGACACACCGUCUCACCGAACAAGCCAGGGUGGGGCGAGACGUUGCUAUGUUUUAGUCCAUGUUGGAGGUCAUCAAGUAGUGCCUCUCCAUGCCCGGCAAUUGUUUCUCGAGGUUGUCGCAGCGGCAGCAGCCGCCCAAGACCACCCUAGGACCUCGGAGCUGUUCAUCUGGCCGAGUGAUCCGCGUACCGAGUGACCUCGAGGGCUCUGGGCACCAAGUCCUAGACACGCGUGGCUCAUAUCUUGAUGGCUGUCCCCUCCUUGUCUCAUUUUUCGGUCGUCUCGUUGCGACACGAACGAACCGCGUGGCCUCUCUUGUCCUCGCCUCACUUUCAUGACGCACCAAGAGGUUGUGGGUUGCACACCAUCUAGUGGACUUGCUUCGGAUUGCCUGUCCUCCAGGAGCCGCCCCAAUAUAUUAUAGCCUUGCUGCCUGGCUCUGAAUCCUCGCAUCGGCCCGGAGCAGUCAUUCCUCAUCCAACCUUUCUCUUGCCCUUCUUUGAACAAGGCAGAAUUGUCGCUUGCUCCUCUCCGUAGUUGAGCGCAUCUUUCACGUUUGUGAUCAUGCCGGAAUUCUUUCACCUCAAUGGUGGUCAGCCCCAUUCACCACCCGCUAUCCCAGUCCCUCCUCAACAUCAUCAGCCGGGUGUGGGCGGUCGGCCGCCGCCACCGGCGCCGAUGGUGCAUCAGCAGCGUCCUAUGCCCACGGUGGCGCCGACGUCUCUUUCCCCACAGAUGCCACGGACCUUGCCGCCCUUAUCCCCUCCAUUCCCAUCACAUCCACCUCAUCCUCCCAGGAAUAUCAUACCCUCCCACUUUCAACGCCCGGUCGUCGUCUCCGACAUUCGACAUGAGGGGUUGACCGAAGAAGAUAUUCGGGAGGAGCUUUCAGAAUAUGUCAUCCUGAGGUUCCAGAAGAUUCAACCGUACGACGAAUAUGACUCUGAUGGCGAAGAAGUGAAGGCGGGCUGGGAUAACUGCACCAGGACACGCAUUGCUAAUGUCGACAAGGUGGACGCUCGAAGGGAAAUCCGGCGGCUCAACAAGGAGGACGCGAAAAAGGGGAAGACCCUUCUCGAGAAGCAAAAUGACCUGUCGCCAAAGCAACAGGGCCAAAUUGCCAAAGCAGAACGCGACCUCUCCCUGGAGGAACAGGAUGCACGCUUCCACACCGUGCUCGCACAGAUCGACUCCACAUUGAAGCCCGUCAUGCAACAACGUGAAAAGGUGUAUGUCCGAAAGUCCAACACGAAGAGGAAGAUCCACCAGAAGAGGAGGUACGAGCGUGUCUCCAUAACCGCAUACUUCAAACGCUGCCCCAAGAAUACUCAGAUACCGAGCGAGCUUGCUCGUGCCAUUGGCAUGGAGAGGCAGCGCGAGUCUGAAGCGAUGCGGAUGAGACACCAGGCACACGAUCAUCACAUGAUCCCGCCUCAACGCCAUCAGCCUCAACCAAUGAUCCACCCGCAGGCUCUCCCAAUGCGUAGUCCAGGACCAAUGCAUGGACCAAUACAUGGACCCAUGCAUGGCCCGAUGCAUGGACCGAUGCACCACCCCCAGGUAAUGCCGAUGCAUCAACCUCAUCACGGACAAGGAGCUGGUCGCCCCCAUACACCAAUCCGCGUUGAGGUUGACCACAGAAAGGAUAAGCACCACAAAAGUCGACACUCAAGAAGUUCUGACAGCUCCGACUACUCUGACUGCGGCUCUGGUUCCGAACUUGGCUCGGAGUCCACAUUGAUCACCGAGCCAUCCCAUUCCUCAGGCUCGCACAAGGACAGAAAACAUCAUGGAUCGAAGAGGCGGUCCUUGAAGUACCUUGAAGAGCCUAGGAACUUCGGCGUUGAUGUCUACCGUCCCAGCCGUCGCCGCAGCCUGGUCGAGGAGGGAUCAUACAUCGUUACCGGGAGUGGAGCUCGUGUCCCAAUCAUCCAGGUUGCGGUACCUCCAAGGAAGGCCGCGAUCCCCGUCGAGGACAUGGACCAAAUCGAGGCCGAGGCUUACCGGGCUGGCAGGUCGGACCAGAAGGCUGCCGACCGGCAUAUCAUGGAUGGGCCCGAGAGUCUCGAUCUUGCCGCGAGGAGAUACAGGCCUCGAUACGCGCCCCGUCCUGAAAUCAUCAAUGAGCCGAUAUCUCCAGCCAGGAUCCGACACGUCACCUCAAGCGAGGUAGAUCGACAGCUCGAGGACGAGUUCCAUCGGUUGAGACUCGACCGUGAGGAUCUUAAUGACGCUGUCCAUUUUGAGGCCCAACGACGCCGCGAGGCACGGGCGCGAGAAGAGCAGGAGAAUAUCAUGCGGGAGCAACUAGACGAGGAGAUCUUGUACCGAAGGCGGCGAGAAGAGUCGCCCCCGUCUUCUGUGAACCCGUUCUCGCCUCUACUACGGAGAGCAGGCCGCACAUAUGACUUUGAUCGUGAUUAUAGGCGAUGAGUUCUUUUGUCAGGAGGAUUUGUCCGUGUUUCAGAAGCCUGGAAGUCAUUCGCAACGCGGUAGCGUUCAGAAAAGUUGAGCAGUGAGGAGUGCGAUUCGCAAGGCUGCUCCCUAAUUUCAUAGUUCCAGAAUGUCGUCUCAGCCGGCAAUGUCCUUAGCAUGAGCGUUGUACUCAGAAUGCAAGCAAUGGUGAUUCCACAACUUCUUUCACAGGUUGUGACACUGCAAGUGGCGCGUAAGGAAGCAGCUUCGGUAAGCUGAUCUAACCAAAGCUUCAUGUUGGCUUGUGCGUCGAGAUCGAUUCAAGGGACACCUGAUCGCAUGGAACAUCUUGUAAGGUUGGAGGCGAACCAACAACCAGCCAUGUGGUUCAAGGUGGAAGAGCUUGGGACGAGAUUUGACCUUCUGCGCAGUCCAUGAUGAAGAGGAUCAAAGUGUGCUUUCUUCGAUCGCAUUGACCACUGUCUCGUGGUGUCGUACCUGCAGCUGCAGUAAGGACUGUGGGUUGUGUGUGAAACUGUGCUGGUGAGGUGUCUGCAACGGUUGGGGCAAAGAUUGACAAGAUUCACGGGAAGAAAGGGCCAUCCUGGGGCUGCUGGAUAGCUCGUAGUUAUUAAGAGACCCGAUGCUGUAUGCUCCGCCUACACGCGGCAUGUCAGCCCAACCUCAGACGAUUGGGUCUUGAUGGCGAGCCACCCUUCCGAAGGAGAUUGGCCGAGCAUUGAACGUGGACGAACCAGCUGCUUGCCUCAUCGUGGCUAAUAGUGGCUAGAACUGGUGGCAUUUCCUCAAUUGGAUGCCCAGCCGUGUUUGAGCCUGCCAAGUGUGCCUCGGGCACGGAGGUCGAGACUCAUGUAUGCGCGAACUGGGACCGUGUAUGCCUUUGGAAGCCGAUUCGUUCGGUGAUGAGUUCGGGUAACAACGCUGGUGUUCCCAGGCCCAUUCAGCCCAGUCCUGCCAGUCCACCCAAAGGUGGAGCGCGACUCAGUCCCUCACUGCGGCUUGGACGGGCAGACAGGUUGGGUGGGUUUAUAACGUCACGCCACAGAGCACUGUAAAUCAUGCGGGAAAAGCAGGGAGAGCUAGGCAUGAAGUCAUGC